AUGAGGGAGUUCCAUGUCAAAAGCUGUGAGGAGGCUCAGGAGGAGCUGCUCGAGUUUCAGGAGGGGAGCAGGGAGCUGGAAGCUGAGCUGGAAGCACAGCUGGGCCAGGCCGAGCAUCGAAUGAAGGACCUGCAGUCUGAGAACAACAGACUCAAAAAUGAGGUUGAAACGCUCAAGGAGAAGCUGGAGCAGCAAUACUCUCAGAGCUACAAGCAGAUCUCCAUGCUGGAGGAUGACCUCGGCCAAACACGCAGCAUCAAGGAGCAGCUCCAUAAAUACGUCAGAGAGCUCGAGCAGUCCAAUGAUGACUUGGAAAGAGCCAAAAGAGCUACUAUUGUAUCUCUUGAGAACUUCGAGCAGCGUCUGAACCAAGCCAUUGAGAGGAAUGCCUUCCUGGAGAGUGAGCUGGAUGAGAAGGAGUCACUGCUGGUCUCGGUGCAAAGAUUAAAGGAUGAAGCCAGAGAUUUGCGGCAGGAGCUCGCCGUGCGAGAGAGGCAGGCAGAUGUAUCCAGGAUGUCGGCUCCGAGUUCGCCCACACAGGAUAAUGUAAAGAUGGACACUGCUGUGCAGGCCUCCCUCUCGCUGCCUGCUACCCCACUGAGCAAAGGUCUGGACAACGCCUUUGCCAACCAAACAGUGCUAUCAAAUGGCUAUGGCAGCAACUCCCCACUGACUCCCUCAGCAAGAAUAUCAGCCCUAAACAUUGUCAGUGAUUUGCUCCGGAAAGUUGGGGCUCUGGAGUCGAAGCUUGCCGCCUGCAGGAACUUUGCCAAAGACCAGAAAGCUCGCAAGGCGUACGGUCUCGACAACAGCAACGCCCUGAAUGCAAACUACUCACAAGCACUCCACACAUCAUAUUUUGAUAAAGCGACUGAGAUGGUCAUAUUCCCUGCAUUAAUUUGGGCAGGACCGUGAACGGGCUGGAAGCUGGUACCCGGAUGGCCAUCACGGCGCCCCCUGCUGCCUCGUCCCCCGGUUUAGUGCCCCUGGCUUUGUGACGUUAUCAUGAAACCCAAAAGAAAGAGAAGGCCCAAAAAGAGGGAACACGAAAGGCUGAUGCUGUAAAACUUUGAUGUACUGUUACCGUGGGUCAUCUCCUCGUCUUCCCUCUCUCUCUCUCUGUUCUCACUUGUGCUUCGUUUGCUGUAAAUUUGGGAUCCUGUCUGUAAACGAUGUGUUAUUGUAUCUACUGUUUGCUCUCUGACUCACAAAGACUGUUUACACUUUGAUUUCUGAGGAUCUCCCCUGACAUGUGAAGUGGUUUCUAAGAAUAGCACAUCAUCUAUAAAAGGAAAUAUUAUGCAAUUAUUUUUGGAAAUUUUGAUGGGACAUUUUAAUGUAAGCAGUCUUUUAAUAUGCAGUAACUCCAAUUAAACCACUUGUAUUCACUGCUGACCCCUGUAAUUAUAAAAAAAAAAAAUCAUUAAUGGCUUGUGACAUGUGCAGAUGGCCUGAAUAAUUGUGACCCAUGACCCCAUCAAUUAUUAAUAUUUCCAAAUCUCCAACAUAAGAGUCAUCCAGGUUUUAAACACCAUCCCAGCAUCUAGCUGAUGAUCCCAGCUUCAGUGCUCAUCUUCAUGCUCUUGUAUUUGACCCCAUACUUGGUUUCACAGAGUCGAGGGGAGUCUUUCAGUGAGCCAAACACACCAUGUAACUUCUGAACUGUGUGACAUGACGUGUACAGUAUUGGUCAUAUUGAUCAUUAUUGACAGGCAGCCAGUAAAGCAGUGCUGUCAUAGUGUUCGGACCAGUUAGCCAGCAUUCGCACAUCCUGUAGUCGAAGCGUUUUAUCCACAUUGAGUUUUUUUUUAUUUUUUUAUUUUUUUAUUUGAGGUGAUGUACAAACCUUUCUCAGUUGCAAGUGAAGCACUUUUUUUUUUUCCAUUUUCAUACCAGUGCAAUAUUUCCUGGUAGUGGGUUUAAUUUAUUUUAGAUUUCUUUUAUAGCAUGUUUAAAUAAAAUAUGGAAUUAUACCACA